AUGGUCACCAUAACUGCCGCUCAAGCAUCCAACACCAAGAUCGCCGCCACUCUUCCAGCUGGAAUGGUCGGCGUCUUCGUCGGCGGCACCGGCGGGAUAGGUGAAUACACCCUGAAGAACUUUGCUCGCCAUGUAAAGCGCCCCAAGAUAUACAUCGUGGGACGGUCCCAAAACGCAGCGGACCGCAUUAUCCUCGAGUGCACCAAGCUCAACCGGGACGGAGAGUACAUCUUCAUCCAAUCCGAUGUUAGUCUCCUAAACAACGUUAAGAGAGUGUGCGAGGAAAUCACGUCCAAAGAAGAGUCCAUCAACUUGUUGUUUCAGACGCAAGGUGGACUACAGACAGAGAAGACAUCGGAAGGGCUUUCGAAGAUGUAUGCGCUCCCGUUCGCUUCCCGCAUUUUGUUUACCCUUGCCCUCCUGCCGACUAUUCAAAACGCCUCAGGGCUAAGGCGAGUUGUUUCCGUCUUUGCGGCCGGCUACGAAAGUCACGUCAACGAAGAGAACUGGGCUGAACACGUAACUAAGCAGCCUCUCAAGGCUCGUGCGCAUUUGGCAUCAAUGAUCACCAUGGCGCACAACGUGUUGGCUCAGAAGGCCCCCGAUGUGAGCUUCGUUCACAACUUCCCGGGAGGAGUGAAAACCAGCUUCGGCAAGGGAGCCACAGGGAUGAUGGCGGUGGCCCGCAUGGCUCUCGCAGUUUUUGGGCCGCUGCUCAUGAAAUAUCGCUCCCCGGAAGAGUCAUCAGUACUGCAGUUAUACUGUGCUACUAGCGCUGCCUUUCCACCCGCUUCUGGCGGCGCUGUUGGGGCUGCUCUCGUGGAAAACGCCGCCGUGUCAGUUGGGACCGAUGGAAAGCAAGGAAGCGGCAGCUAUAACGUUGACGAGAAUUGCGAGAGGGUGGCUCAUAGCAUCGAAAAGCUUCUCAUUCGAGCAAAAGAGGAUGGUGUGGAGGAGAGACUCUGGGCACAUGUUGUAGGGGAAAUCAAACAAAUCACUGGUCAAGUCUUCUAG